UACACGCAUAAACACAUUUGCAAAUUGUAAUAAUGUCACUUGCAGCUUCUGCCUUAGCUCUCAAAAUCCACUAUGAAGCACGUGACGAUGAUUUCAAGAGACCUUUUGUGAAAUAUAGUCCCAACAUUUGGGGCAAUAUCUUCCUUCAAUUUGAUUCCGAUCCCCUGGAAGUUUAUGAUAAUACGAGGCAACAAGAUCAAGUAUAUAAGGAAAAAGUGAGGAUGUACCUAUCUUCAAGUAAUAACAUCCUAGAAAAAUUAAGUAUUAUCGACUCAAUUCAGCAAUUGGAUAUUUCUUAUCAUUUUGAGGAUGAAAUUGGUGAAGCAUUAGAACAAAUCUACAAUGAUCUUGCCAAAAAUAGGUUUAACCUAAAAGAAGAAAACCUUCAUUUUCAUUCGUUACUUUUUCGUUUACUCAGACAAAAAGGAUUUCACAUUUUAUCAGAUAUAUUUAACAAAUUCAAGAACAACAAAGGCAAGUUCAAUAAUGAAAUGAUUGGCCAAGAUAUUCAAGGAAUAUGGAGUUUGUAUGAAGCAGCACAAUUAAGUAUUCACGGAGAAGAUAUAUUAGAAGAAGCAAUUGAUUUCACAUAUGCUAAUCUUAAGUCCAGGAUCAUGUUGAAUAAUCAUCAAUUGAGCCCAACUCUUGCUACACACAUUGAUCAAUGCUUAAGGCAACCUCUUCACAGGGCAAUUCCAAGAGUAAAGUCAAGGUCUUACAUAUCUCUCUAUGAAAAAGAUCCUUCUCAUAACAAAGAUCUUUUAGCAUUUGCAAAAUUAGAUUUUAAUAUGCUACAGAAAAUGCACCAAAACGAAGUUGGCAGUAACACCAAGUGGAGGCAUACUUCUGGUCACUAAUAAUUCCUGAGCCCAAAUAUAGCAUUCAUAGAAGAAUAUUGGGCAAAUUGAUCACAUGCAUUGCUACUCUAGAUGACACUUAUGAUAACUAUGGCACAAUUCAAGAACUUGAGCUCUUCACUCAGGCAAUGCACAGAUGGGAUAUGGGUCAUAUCGAAUCUCUUCCAGAGUGCAUGAAAGUGGCAUUUAGUGUGGCUGUAAAACUAUGUGAUGAGAUAGAGUUGCAGACUGCAAAGAAUGGAAACUCCACCUUGGUGCUUCAAUAUGUCAAACAAGCUUUUUUCAAUUUUGUACAAGGUUAUUUAGUUGAAGCAAAAUGGUGUGAUGAGAAGUAUGUUCCAACAUAUGAGGAGUACAAGAUUAAUGGAAUUGCAACUUCAACAUGCCCACUUCAAAUGACAAUAUUAAUUGGUUUGGGAGAAUUUGCAACAAAAGAUAUGUUUGAUUGGAUUUUGAAUAAUCCAAAAGUCAUGAAAGCUGUAUCACUUAUUGCCAGACUCAUGGAUGACCUAGGCACACAUAAGGUUGAACAAGAAAGAGAACAUGUUGCUUCUGCAGUGGAAUGUUGCAUGAAACAAUAUGAUGUUUCAGAAGAAGAUGCAUAUAAACUCAUUCAAAUUGAAAUUAAGGGUUAUUGGAAGGAUAUAAAUGAAGCUUGCCUAAUCAAUUUAGAUGACAUUCCAAAGCACGUGCUUGAUUUAAUUCUUGGCUUGGCACGUGCGGUUGAGUUCACAUACUCAAAUAUAGACGAUGCCAUGGGAAACUUUGAGGAUAAAUUUUCAAACGGACAACUUUCCAAAGAUUAUGUUGUUGCACUACUUUUGGAUCCUAUUGUCUCUUAAUCAUUUUAUCCAGAAAUUCAAAGUGAAAGUUGUGUCAUAUUUUCCAUGCUCGGUUACAUUUUACUUCCUAAUAAUCAUUGUAUCAUGAAACUCAGCUUAUUAUGUAAUAUCUUAAUUUGGUGUUUAAAUUUUAAUCAUUAUUGUAUCA